AUGGCGAAAAUCGUUCCACCUAUGAAUUUCGGAUUGGUAGAAGAUGGCUUUUACCGAUCUGCCCAGCCAUCCGAGCUAAACUUCUCGUUUUUGGAGAAACUCGAGCUGAAGACUAUAAUCUGGGUGGGAGCUGAAGAGCCUUCAGAGAUACUAUUAUCGUUCCUCGAUUCUCAAGGUAUAACAUUACAUAACUUAGCUCCUCAAGUAUCUUUGAAUCCUCAUUUCCCACCUCCUUAUACGGACAAUGGUGUAGUACCCAUUUCAGGUCAAUAUCACCUUCCACCACUUCCACCUCCACCGGAACCGCUAAUCAUCCAAUCCCUGACUUUGUUGUUGAGACCAUCGACAUUCCCAACGCUAGUAUGUUGUAAUAUGGGCAGACAUCGUACUGGGACAGUGGUGGGCUGUUAUAGGAAAUUACAAAGAUGGGCUUUAAGUAGUAUAUUGGAAGAAUAUAGGAGAUACGCAGGUAUGAAAGUCAGGAUACUAAAUGAACAGUUUAUCGAAUUAUUCGAUACCGACCUGGUCUCAAUAACAGCGGAACAAGCUGUUGCGUAA